AUGGAAUUAUAAAAUUUAGUAACAGCGUUGUCUAAAUACACUAAUUUAUCAAAUUUGACUCUAAACUGUCCUAUAAAUGCAAAAAGUGUGUUCCCUUUGGUUUCUUGUUUAUCAGAUUGCACCAAAUUAUCAAAUUUAAAUCUGAACAUUUCGUAAAGUAAGAUUGGUGGUUAGGGUAUUUCAGCUUUAGUAUUUGCUUUAUCAACUUGCAUUAAUCUAUCAAAUUUGACUAUAAUACUCUGCCAUAAUAGAAUUGGAACAUACGAUUCAUUUGCUUUAUCUUCUGCUCUUUCAACUCUUCACAAUUUAUCUUAUCUAAGACUUCAUCUAGGAUGGAAUAAAAUAGGUACAUAAGGAGUAUCAGCUAUAGUUUGUGCAAUUUCAAACUAAGUUAAUCUAUCUGAACUUUAACUUAGCUUUACAUCUAACGAAAUUGGAUCAUAGAAUGGAUUAUAUUUAGGUUCUGCUUUAUCAACUUGCAUCAGUCUCUCUAAAUUAAGUUUGGAUCUCGCAGCAAAUAAAAUUAAUGGUGAGUGUGCAUAAACUUUAGUUUGUUCUUUAUCAGCUUGCACCAAUCUCUCAUCUUUAAAACUUUAUUUUAAUGGUAAUGAAAUUGGCCCAUAAGGUGCACCAGCUUUAGGAUUUGCUUUGUCUACACUCACAAGCCUAUCAAGUUUAACUCUAGAUAUUCAGGGCAAUAAAAUAGAAGAUAAUGGUCUAUUAGCUUUAGGUUCUGCUUUAUAAUUCUGCACCAACUUGUCUUAAAUGAGAAUUGUAUUUAAAUAUUGGACCUCAACAAAUGAAAAAGCAUAACUUAAAUUUAAGCUUAAGAUUCUUAAAGUUAAAAGAUUAGUUAAGAUAUAUUUUGAUUCAUAUUGA